AUGACGCCACGCGUCCUGUUCCGUGCUCCAGCACGGUUAGCGCUCACACUGCAUGCGAACCGCGCCCGAGUCCAACUGAACCGUGCUCUGGCCCACCUCUUCCAAGCGGGCCAGGGCCGGCUAAUCGAGCCGCGGCCGGGCACGGUUCGGAGCACUCACACUAGUCAAACGAACCGCGUUUUGGUGGUCAAACGCACUCGGGCACGGUUCAAACUGGCUAGUGUGAACCUGAUGGAAGAGAAUGAGGAGAGUGAAGUGGAGGAGGAACUUCAUGUCAAACCUGGAGAAAAACAGUUGAGUCGAUCAAAGACUAAAAAAACAUUUUUAAAGAAAACGAGCGUGAAGAAAUCUAUAACCUGCACUCAGUGUGGAAAGAGUUUUUCAAGGAAAUAUAAACUAAAGCUUCACAUGAAGAUCCACAGAGGAGAGAAGCCGUUCACUUGUGAUCAGUGUGGGAUGAGUUUCUCAAGGAAAUAUGGUCUAAAUAUGCACAUGAGGAUCCACACAGGAGAGAAGCCGUUCACUUGUGAUCAGUGUGGGAAGAGUUUUUCAAGGAAAUCUAGUCUAGAGAUUCACAUGAGGAUCCACACAGGAGAGAAGCCGUUCACAUGUGAUCAGUGCGGGAAGAGAUUCUCAAGGAAAGAAGGUCUUGAAAUUCACGUAAGAGUUCAUACUGGAGAGAAGCCGUUCAAGUGUGAUCAGUGUGAAAAGAGAUUCUCUACUAAACAAUAUUUUCAUGAUCACAUGAGAAUUCAUACUGGAGAGAAGCCGUACACAUGUGAUCAAUGUGGGAAGAGCUUCACACUAAAUAGAGGUCUUACGCUGCACAUGAGGAUCCACACUGGAGUGAAGCCGUAUGUAUGUGAAAAAUGUGGAAACUAUUUCACACAGAAACAAACUCUUGAUGCUCACAUGAAAGUUCAUACUGGAGAGAAGCCGUUUAAGUGUGAUCAAUGUGGGAAGAGUUUCACCCGAUUAAGAAACGUUAAAGAACACAUGAAGAUCCACAGAGGAGAGAAGCCCUUCACUUGUGAUCAGUGUGGGAUGAGUUUCUCAAAGAAAUGUGGUCUAAAAAUGCACAUGAGGAUCCACACAGGAGAGAAGCCGUUCACAUGUGAUCAGUGCGGGAAGAGAUUCUCAAAAAAACAAGGUCUUGAAAUUCAUGCAAGAGUUCAUACCAGAGAGAAGCCGUUCAAGUGUGAUCAGUGUGAAAAGAGAUUCCCUUACAAACAAUAUCUUCAUGUUCACAUGAGAAUUCAUACUGGAGAGAAGCCGUACACAUGUGAUCAAUGUGGGAAGAGCUUCACACAAAAAUCAGGUCUUACAGGGCACAUGGGGAUCCACACUGGAGCGAAGCCGUAUGUAUGCGAACAAUGUGGAAAAUAUUUCCCACACAAACAAAAUCUUGAUGCUCACAUGAAAGUUCAUACUGGAGAGAAGCUGUUUAAGUGUGAUCAAUGUGGGAAGAGUUUCACCCGAUCAAGGGUCCUUAAAGAACACAUGAUGAUCCACAGAGGUGAGAAGCCGUUCACUUGUGAUCAAUGUGGAAUGAGUUUCAGACGAGAAAAAAGUCGAGAGAUUCACAUGAGAGUUCACACAGGAGAGAGGCCGCAUGUAUGCGAUCAGUGUGGGAAGAGUUUUAUCCGACCAGGAAACCUUAAGAGUCACAUGAUGAUUCACACAGGAGAGAAGUCCUUCACAUGUAAUCAGUGUGAAAAGAGUUUCCUACACAAAGAAAAUCUUAAGCGACACAUGAGAAUCCACACUGGAGAGAAGCCGUUCACAUGUAAGCAAUGCGGCAAAACAUUUAUUAGGGCAUCAAUCCUGAAGGCACACCUGACAGUUCAUACGAAGGAGAGGCCACAUUCAUGUUCUGUUUGUGGUAAGAGUUUCUCACGGCGGCAAACUUUACAAAUACACCAGAGAAUUCACACUGGAGAAAAACCUUACAAGUGUUCACACUGUGACAAGAGAUUCUGUCAGUCAGCAAAUCUGAAAACACAUGAGAGGAUCCACAGCAGAGAGAAGCUGCACACGUGUGAUCAGUGCGGAAAGAGUUUCACUAUUAAAACUCUUCUGAAGUUACACAUGAAGAUCCAUGAGGUGGAGAAACCACAUCACCGCAGUCUGAGAUCACGAACUACCAGAAAGCAUCUGGAAGGAGAGGACAGAGAUAACGCCAGUGAUGCAGAAUGA